AUGGCUGGAUCGAUAAAUUCUCCAUUAACACCAGGUAUGACUCGUAUUAUCAGUGAUCAAGAAUCAUUAGCAGCACAUUGUCAAAAAGAACAAGAUCGUUUAAUUAAUGAACAAAAGAGAUUCUUUCAAAAAAAUGAAAAUUUAUCUGAAGCUGUUGAAAAAGAUCUUGACGAAGCUGAUAUUUUAUUAGACAAAAUGCGUAAAGCUGCUUUAGAAAUUGAACGAAUCGAAACAAAAAAACGAAGUCUUCGAGAAGAAGAAAUCGAACUCCAUCGUGAUCUUGAUAAUAAGAAAUUUCAUUUAGAAAAUAUCAAAGAAAAUUUCCAAAAAUGUCAAAAAGAUAUUGAAGAUCAAACUUCUUUACGAAAUCAAUGUGACGAACAACUUAGAAUUCUUCAAGAAAAAUUAGAUAAACUUAAAGAAGAUCAAAGCGAUUCACAAUCAUUAAAUCAAUUACAAACAGAAAUUGAUAAAUUAAAUGAUGAAAUUACGAAAUAUAAUGAUUUAAUUAAAGAAACUUCUGAGAAAUUACGAAAUCUUGCACAACAAAUUCAAGAUUUACAUUUAGAAAUUGAACAAAAAGAAAAAGAAUUAGAAUUAUUAAAUAAAGAAAUAGAAAAAUUAGAAAAUAUUCAACAAGACUGUGAAAAAAAACAACGACAACUUGAAAAUAAACGAAAACAACUUGAAAAUCAUCUUGCUGAUUUACAAAAAAUUAUAAAUGAAAAAGAAGCUAAAGAAACUCAUACAGAAGAACAAAUCAAUAAAUUUCAAGAGAAAUUAAUCGAACUAGAAAAGAAUUUAGAUCUUAUUCAACAAACAAUUGAUAAACUAAAUCAAGAUUUAUUUGAAUUAAAUGCAAAUCUUGAUGAACAAAAUAACGAAUUAAAACAAUUACAAACUGACAAUAAAAAUUUCGAAAAAAUAAAACAUGAACUUGAACAAGAAAAACAAAAAUUAAUUAAUGAUCGACAAACACUUAAUAAUCAAUUAGAUAAUUUCAAACAACAAUUAAAAAUAGAAGAAAAUCGUGCUCAACAGGCUUUUAAUCGAGCUGAACAUGAAUACAAUACAGCCAAGACUCAUCUUCAACAUAGUGAAGAAGAAGAAGAUUUUGCUCAACGUCGAUCGAAUCAACACUAUAACCAACAUGGCCUCACUCGAUGUGUCAAAAAUAUGUUUUCAGGAUUCACGGGUAGUGAUAGUGGUUGGGAUGUAGACAAUAAACUCCCACAAGCUCGAUCAAAAACCCAACAAGCACGAACUGCCUUUAAUCAAAAAUUAACUACAUAUAAUAAUUUGAAAACAGCAUUGAAUACUGCAAACGAGAAAGCGAAACUCACAGCAAAAACUCUAUCUGUACGUACCAACGAACGAAUUCAAGCAGGAGAACGAGUAAAUACCUGUGUUACAAAUCGAGAUACGAAACGAAAAAAUCUUGAUAAAUUAAUUAACGAUGUACGUUUAUCUAAAGAAAAGAAAACAGAUCUCGAAAGUAAUCUUAAUAUUAUUGGAAGAAAAAUCGAACGAAAAAAAGAUGAAAUAAAUACACAUGAACGUGAUUUAGAUCGUCAACAACAAAUAUAUCAAUCUUAUGAUAAUCGACGUAUAGAAUUCGAAAAUAAUAUUCUAACAACCAAUGGAAAUCUUCAACAACAAGAUCUUUUAAUUGAACAUAAUAAAAUGAAUUUUAAUGAAAAUGAACAAUCAUUAAAGAAAAAUCAAGAAGAUUUAAUUCAACAAAAAAAACUUAUUGUUCAAACAAAAAAUGAUAUUAAAAAUAUAAAAACAAAUUUAAAUGAACAAGAAAUUGAAAAAACAAAGAAUAAAACAGAAAUGGAAUUAACUAAAAAUAAAAUUGAAAAUGAAAGAAAAAAUAUUGAACAAAUUCGAGAUGAAAUUUUCAAAUAUAAAGAAACUUUAUCACAAACUUCACUUGCACUUGAAAGAAAUUUAGAUGAAUUAAAAAACAUUUCUAUUCAACUUAACGAAAAUCAAACUAAAAGAAAUCAAAUACAAAAAGAUAUUCAAACUAAACAAGAUCAAUUGAAAGAAUGCGAAAAAAAACGAGAUGAUAUUCAACAAACUCUACUAGAUCAAAAAGCAGAGUUGAAUAAAUUAAAUUUAAAAUUACAAUUAUAUAAUGAUCAAAAAAACAAAAUUACGAAGGAUAUUCAAGAUGUAGAAUUUAAAAUCAAACAAAAACACGAUGAAUAUAUAAAAAUUCAAACUGAACGUGAUAGAUUAUUAAAACAAUCCAACGAUAUAAAAAAGAAAAUUGACGAAAUGACACAAACACUAAAAGAUAUUGAAAAAAAAUCUAAUGAAACAAGAGAAGAACUUGAUAAUAGUACUCGAUUAGUUAUUAAAAAUCAAACUGAUUUUGAUCAAAUGAAAGAAAAAAUCAAAGAUUUACAUCGAACAUUUCAAGUAAAGGAAAAUACUAAAACACACACAUAUAAACAAAUUGAAGAACUUGAACAAAAAAUUAAGGAUCUUCAACAUUAUUAUUCAAAAGAAGAAGCGAAUUUACAAGAUGAAAUGUUCAAAGAAUUUGAAGAGAGUCAAAAGAAUCACGAAAGGGGAAAAGAUAAAAAUUAUCAAAAUCUAUUUACAAAACCUCAAGUAAAUCCGAAUGAAGAAACAGAUGAAAAACUGAAUGAAGUUUAUCGUCACUAA